GACAUUAACUCACGUUGGCCUCAGUUGUGUGUAGCCACAUAUUUUUGGCUUGAGAUAAUCAGGUUUGUCAUACGAGGUGCAUUUGUGAUGCAAUGGACCAGAUGGCAGAUGAAAUGACUCUGGGAGCCGAUGUGAAAGACAAAGGGAAAGUAAACACUGCUGAGGAGAGCUCUGCGUGGGUGAGAGGAGAAAGGAUACAAAGUGAGGCUCAAGUCAGCGACUGGAGACUCGGUGCCUCUGCAGAAACUGAGCCUGGGGAGACCAGUAGAGACACAGAAGCUCAGCGGCCUACAGAGUGUGACAGCUCUUCUUCCCCUCUGUUCUCUUUGAAAAUGUACCUGAGGAGAUCUUCCUCUGCAGCAUCCUCCACAACAGGCUCUCUGUCUUCUUCACAGCAGAGCAACAUGGGAGUUGACUGUGCAGGAAUUGUCCUGAACUGUCUCUUCUGCCGGUUCUACGAUAUGAUCCUCAUGCUACCAGACUCCUGUGAGAGAGUUGCCAAUCACUGCUGCCCCGACUACAAACAAGUCAUCUCCCCAGUGGAGUCUACGCCCAGCAGUAACGAUGACUCUUGCAUGGACUGUGGUCUGCUCAGUUCCUGUCAUGAUGCAAAUGACUGCCUGGAGUUGGCUAUGGAGAUUUCUGAAUUAUGCUAUCACUAGUAGGAAAAAGGAAACCCAUACUAAUCACCAAUCAUGAUAAAACAGUGGUUGGAUAAUCAAAGAUCAGACUGUCCCAUGUGAAGUUGAGGAAGGGCUACAACACAAAGAAAUAGAAAUAAAAUCAAAUAAAAUUAAUGCAAUAUGCAACAUUUGUGAUAUUAAAAUGACAAGAAAUAUAUACAUUAUCCAUCUGUGCAUGCAUGUGACCCUGUGUUUAUAUCUCUCCUGAAUGUAUGAAUCAGUAUUCAGCCAGAACAUUUUAUAUAGCUGCUUUAAGGAUGGAUAGUUGAUAUGCAUCCCAAACUGCCCUUGUAAAUAAAUAUUUCUUUAUCUCUGACCUCCUCCUACUUGGU